GCGAUCCGCGACCCGUCGCGUUCACAUUCUUCUCUGUGAUUUUUGUCGCGGUCUAUCAAUAAUUCGGUAUUAUUCGCGGUAUCACUGAUUCAGUUAGCUCGUGCGCGAUUUGAUUUUUCGCUGAAUAUCGUGGCUUUUAUUGUAUUGCGUCACUGCAUCGCAAUGUUCAAUUAAUCAUUGUCGUCGUGAAAACCGUAUCGAUAUAGAAUCGUAUAGAAUACUUUUGACGACCUAACCAGCGAUUGAGAAACAAUAAGCAAAUUUGAGAAUUUUAAGAAGAAUCCUGAUGGGAAGAUAACGGAAGACACGAUCGAUUACGUGUCAACAAUUGAUUACGUUCAGCGAAAGAUCGUUCACGACAUUCGUUCUGAGAAGAGAUUUUCUGCACUAGAAACGGUGUCGCGGCUCAGUCGAAGGCGCGCAGCGGGAUGAAUUCGGCCGCGCGACGGAGCAUCGUCGAUCGUGCCGCAGUUGCGGAGUGAUAACAGUCGAAGCACGAGCCCCCCUUAUCAACGCGCCGCAGGUGCCGGCCGGUGCCAGUCAGCCAGUCUUGCUGGAGCACGCGAAGCGGUCGUAUCGAGAGUGUCGUGAGGCUCGUGCUGCGUUCAUCACGUGGAUCAUUGCACUCAGAAAUGAGCGUCGAAGUCGUGGUUGUCUAUUGAUCCGUCGAUCUUGGGGACGUUUGGUGACGCAUCUUUUUUGAAGUGAGAUGCUGGCAUAACGACGACAUGGAGACGUUGUAUACUGGCGCAAUCCACGGCUUCCCGCAGCCCGGUGGCGGAAUAGCUAAUGGUGUUUCCACGGGAAUCGCCAGUUCCUUCGACCAGGAUGGUGUGCUGAGUCUCAUUGUUGUCCUCGGAGGAAGUCUGUCCCUGGUGGCUCUGGUAUUCGCAUUCAUCACCUACAGCCUCUUCUCCGACUUAAGAAGCCUGGCAGGAACGACCUUGAUGAAUCUUUUGGCAGCCCUUUUUAUGGUUCAGCUAUUCUUCAUCGUGGGAGCUGGAGGAGUACAGGACUCAGAGCUUUGCAUCUCGCUCGGUUUGAGUCUGCAGUAUCUACGGGUGUCGGUGGUCUGCUGGCUAGCGGCGAUGUGCCACCACCUGUACGCCACCGUAGCGUCGCUGCCGCGUCGCGACGAUCCGCCGACGUACCUGAAAUACAGCCUCUUUGCCUGGGGCGCGCCGCUGAUCAGCCUCGCAUUAGCGACUUUUCUGCAAAGCCGCGAAAGCCACGACUUCUGGAACGUUGCCGACCUCACUCCUUUUAAUUGCUGGUUUCUGGGAGAUGCGGCGACAAUCUAUGCGUACGGCUGUCCGAUCAUUCUGCUACUACUAACUUGCACUUACUACAUCGUCAAGGCUGCAAUCGUGGCAAGGUACACGUACAGCAUGCAGCUCGAUGUAAAGCAGCGCGAGAAGAUGAAGCGGAGGCAGAGGUUGCAGCUGAUGCUGUUCCUAAAGGUUAGCAUAAUCAUCGCCUUUGUGGCUGGCUGCGGAAUGGCGUCCAGAACCUUGAAGAUCCCCUUUCUUUGGGCCGUGUUCUGCACCUGUCAUUCUCUCCAGGGAUCGGCAGUGGCACUCUCCGUCGCAUGUAAUUGCCGGGUCUUGAAAGUCUACGCCAGGAAAUCGCACAAGCAAUCGGAACAUCAGAUUACGAAAUCGAGCAGUAGCAUGCAGCUACUCGCACCUGUGCCGGAUCCAGUCUAGGCGAUUCUAAGAUGGAUCCUCGGAACGGAACGGGUAGGAAUGAAGAAAAGAACUGGCGACUGGCGACAGCUGGAUGUCUCUCUGUUCGCGUGGCGUAACUAUUUUUACAUCGAGAUGUGCUGACAUUUCCCUAAUUUCCUAACUUUGCCGUUUCUCUCUACGACGGGGAAUCCCUUCUGUGACGUACGAUUCCAGUUUUAACCUUGAUGGCUUAAUUCAAUGCGACAUUCUUUUAGCGUUUAAAGUAAACGGAGAGUUUUUCCAGGAAACUCAAACUGAAGAGGACCUGAAAUUGAGCCAAAAAGUUUUUGUAUUUCUAAUCUAUAUUAAUUUUUGUAAUAUCUUUUGCCCCGACAUUCGUAUUUCUGGUUUUCAUAAUCUUUCUGUUGUUUUUUUGCUUGAAAGUAUGUUUUGAUAACAAUAGAUUUAUAAUAUAUAUUGAUUUUCAUUGUAUAUAUAAUAUUUUCGAGUUAUGAUUUUUGACAAUUUAUAACAGUUGUACGAGUAGAUAUUCGUGUACAUUGUGAUUUGCUCGCGAAUCGUUAAGUAUUGUUUGGAAUGUGAUUGUCCCCGGAAGCGGCAUUAAAGCCCUUUCGUACGCACAAACUGCACUAAUUGACACGAUUGUAAUCACGUCCUAUAUGAACUAUGCAAACGACCCUAAUUUUGGUUCAUUACGCGGUUCGUGAUUUGUUCUGCCCUAUAAAUUUCGAUCAACUCUCCAAUAAUAUAUUGUAUAACUGUAAUAAAUUUAAAAAAAAACAAAAUUGAAGAGAAUUAAACUUCUCGGAAAAAAGGAUUGCUACAAGAUAGAUAGUUACAAACUUUAUCUUCCAAAGUUUUUCAGAGUAGCGUUAAAAACUUGAAGGAUUAAUUCGAGUUUAUUAAAGUAAAUUAUCAGGCGCGGAGAAAUAAGUUAUUUAUUACUUUUUUGCGCUUACUUAAUUAUUAAUCGAUAAAAAAAUAAAGGCAGAAAAUUUAUCGAGCCAUAUGUUAAAUCUGUCUCAAUUAAAAGAGAUUUGAUUUGAGUUCAUUUUUCCUUUGGUUGUAGCCAUCUUUGAGACUUGAAUCGCACGUCGCAGUAAUUCUAUUGGCGUUAUGCAUCUCGAUUACGAUGUAUGAUGCAGUGUUGUAACAGUGUAACGCAACGAACGAGAGACAAUCUGAUACGAUUUCGAUACAGCAGAGAGAAUUUCGCGCUUCGACGAAGAGCGCGAACGGCGAGAAACGCAAUACAGUGCAGCCACCUAAUAUGAUAUGCAUAUCGUGUUAAAUACGUUCUAUAUAUAAUUCUGUGCGUGACGAAUGUUUCGAUAACGCUCAGCUUAAUUAUUUCCAACGUGCAACGCUCGGGAAACUUCGGCUUAUAAUCCUGAAAUGUAAUCCUGCAAUUAAUAUGCAAUCAUAUAAUAAUUAUCAAUUUGUCUCGAAAUCUGAAUUAUUGCUCAGUUCAACGCUCCGUAAUUGUAUUCUUUUAAACUUCACUUUGCCAAAAGUGCGUAGAGAUCCGGACGCAUACAGAACAAUUUUCUUAUUGCGUAUAAUAAUCAACAACGAACUAAGUAUCCAAAGUUCGAGAUCGUGUACACAUUACUUUGUAUUCAAUGUACAAGGUAUUCUAGAGAACAUUUUAAGUCCCAAUUUUAACAGCAACUUCUUUGCCGAAUUUAUUGCGAACUUUUAAUAUUUGAUAUUAAAUAUCACGGAAAUUUAUUCAAAUAUGGACACAAAGCACCGGCGAAUAUAAAAUUAUUCGUCGUUUUAAGCGUGACCUAGAUUCUCCGGAUUGUCCCAUGAGGGAUUAAUCGAGUCUUCUAGCUCUCCGCAGCGGAAUUUUAAUGUGCAACAAGAAAAGUUAUAUGGUUUCAUAUUAAUUCUCUAGAAAGGCGAAUCUCCGGCAACCGGGGCGAGGGAUAUACGCGUCCGCCAUCAGCGUUAGCGCGUGAUUUUCGUACGAUGAUGGAUACCGUAAGGCGAAGCGACGUCGUACACCGUAAUUCAAUUUGUAGAGGUCACUUAAAGGAUGAAGUACCGGAGGAAGUGAAUAGAGAAUUCCAAUAGAAGGUGCUGUCCCGGUCGCUUAUGCGAUUCACCUUGGAUUCUCGUGUCCUCUUGCGUUUAGGGACCCUUUAACCGAGAGACCCGGUGAUCGAUCGAUCGAAGGGUCUACCCCUUUUGUCGGACGAGUGUAACAGCGCACUUUGACGUAGCGCGCAUGAUGUAUCGAUAUCUAUUGCUCCUAUUUCACUGGCCAGGACAACAUUCGCACGCCAUUGUUUCUUCCCUGAAUAGCGUGUAAUCAACGGCGAGGGCGGCGUACAAAUUGGGCGCUCUGGGAGCAUCGAAAGCUGAUUAAACGUAUAAAUAAGAAAAGAGUUUAUAUAUAUAUAUAUAAGACGGUCGCAAAGAAGUAUUGAAUGACUUCUUUCGCUCUCGAGAAAGAAAAGGAACACGAACCGUGUGCGCUUCUUUAAUGAGAUAAAUAAAUUUAAUCACUUAUCAAAAAUAAGGAAUUUUUUAAAUAUACAUUGAUUAUCAUUGUGGUGAGCGUACUACUUAGUGACAGUGGUAGUGUGUUAAAUUAUCUCGAAUUAGAUCUGAAUCCAAUCUACUCUUUAUCCAAAUCCUCGAUAGAGGAAAAAUGAUGGCGCACGAUUACGUUUAUUCGCGCAUGAUUCGCGUGCGAAUGAAUUUAGGCGGGAUCGAGCAUGAGACGCGAUUAGGGCUAUUCUGUCAUUCCGAUCCGUUUACUGAGUGAGUGAGGGACUCGAGCGAGCGAGCGAAGCCGAUACUCAAUAUAGGCCGACAUAUCAAUGUUGAAUAAUGUUCUUGAAUUUUCUAAGCAUCGAAGCGGAUCGAAUGCCGGACGCGUGAAACCGCGGGAUCGUUCACCCACGAAAGCCUCGGUGUGCGGUUUGCUUGAUCGAUACGAUACAUGCCGCGAACCGACCACUCUGUACACAAACGAGGACGAGAGGAGGGUGCACGUCGAGUCGGAUUUCGAGGGUCGCGCGAUCAAUCGACAUCCGUCUCGCAGCAGGGAGGAUUUAUGUCAGUCGGUGAAUAAUUAGGAGCAAUCAUGACGGUAAUUGUGACAGCGACGGUAUUUGUGACCCUCCGUACGUGUUCCAAUAGUUAAACUAAUGACCCUUAUGAACUUAUUAAGAAUAACGAUUGCUCAUUUGCUGAUCGUUACAACUUUCGAAGUUCUCGCGAUGUUUGUCUUCUGAUUUUAGUUUCCGACUUUUGAUUGCAAAAUGUGACGAUGUGCUGUAGCUACAUUUUUUUGUCAUAAUUAUUGAAGGCGCAGAACUAAGAAAUAUUCCUUGUUCAGGAAUAUAAUUAAAUAUUUUCUAUCUUGAAGAUAAUAAUUCUAAUCUUUUUUCACGCAGUAAUU